CUCGUCGUUUUGAUCGGGAUCGGCUUGUGCUUGAUUAGCCCGUCCACGUGUCAGUCUUACAGGGACGAACAGUCUAACCCGACGGAUGAUCUACGCCAGCAAAUAGGUGGGAACGACACGUGGAAACGACGAAAGUGAAAAUGCCACGUGGAAACGACAAAAGUGAAAACGAUACGUCCGAACACGUGACAUUGAUAGGAGUGAAAACGAUACGUCCGAACACGUGACAUUGAUAGGAGUGAAAACGAUACGUCCGAACACGUGACAUUGAUAGGAGUGAAAACGAUACGUGGAAACGACUCGAAUGUCGUUAAGUUGGCAGGGGUGUGUAUAUUAGGUCGGUCGGAUUAGGUUAUAGUACUAACAAGGAAAAGCUCUCCGCGCUACCGAGGAAGAGCCCCAGAUGAUUGCGGUAAAGGGAAGUCUAUAUAAAGCAGCACUCGGGCAGCUCUCAUCAGAAAGUGUGACAAUAUAUAUACUCUUGUGACGAUAUAUAUAUAUGCCUCCUGAUGAGUCGGUGAAACUCCGACGAAACAGUUUGUCACAGCCCCUCGUUUGUUGUCCUCUUCUCCCUCUCUGCCUACGGUUUACCGGGCAGUUCUAUUUGACGAUAUAUAUAUAUUUGCGCUCCGAUAUCUUGUGACAACUCCUGAUGAGUCGGUGAAACUCCGACGAAACAGUUUGUCACAGCCCCUCGUUUGUUGUCCUCUUCUCUCUCUCUGCCUACGGUUUACCGGGCAGUUCUGUUUGUGACGAUAUAUAUAUAUAUAUUAAUUCCUUCUUUGCUGGACGCAAUAAAACAACGCCAUCCGGCGCAGCUAUGGUGGUCGUCAACAAGAGCGCAUCUUCGUCUUCCUUGUUGAUUUCGGCUAUGGAGUUUUUUGUUCCAGAAGCCGUCACGUCAGCAAUCGAUUUAGACGCAAAGUCUCCGCCUCGAUGGCGAGACACUCUGUUUGUUUUUGUCUUCGCGGCUUUUUUUUACGUGGUGCGAGCGAUCCUCGAUGGCAUUAUCUUCGAUUCGUUGGCAAGGAGAUGUCUUUUUGGUUCUUCCGAUUGUUUCAAAAAAUCCAAGCCGAAAACCGACUCCUCCUUGAGCGAAAAAAGCAAAAUAAUCAAAAGCAAAUGCGGGAAGAAAUCCUCUUUCUCCUCUCCCUCUCUCUCUAUCCCUUCUACUACUUCUUUGACCGCCUCUUCCUCUGCUUCGUCUCCAGCACCAGAGCUUAAGAAACGCAGUACGAGUAGCAGUAAUAAUAAUAGUACGUUAUGUAAUGGGCACAAUUCUGGGGGUAGGAAUGACACCAGUACUGGACAAGUAUCUGACAAUGGGUGUGAUUCUUUGAGGAGGAGGAGGAGGAGAAAGAAGGAGAAGCUUGCAGCUGAUUCCCUUACCUCUACCUCUACCUCCUCUUCUCUCUCUUCCCACGACUCUCCUUCGUCUUCUUCUCCUUCUUCCCCUUUUUCUGCCGAGAAGAGCAAGACUAAGCCACGUGUCAUCGCCAACGGCUGCCACGUGGACGAAUCCUCGUCAUCUUCUCCAUCUACACCGACUCGGCGCGCAGUUCCGCUGGCGAACGGUCAUGUCGACGAUGGAAGCUUACCUCCUCCUCCCCCUCCUCCUCCUAACUGCCAAUCUCGGAACUGUGAGAAACUGCAAGCCCCCCCCCCGUUCAAUGUGAAGAGGUUGGGAGAUCUCCAUCGGGAUCGGGAUCUCCCUCCCUCUUCUGAUACUACGGCGGCGGCGGAGGAGGAGGAGGAGGAGGAGAAGAAGAAGAAGAGGAGGAGGAGGAGAUCAGCCAAUCCACCUCCGGGGAAAACGAUGACGACAACGACGAAGAGAGGGGAGAAAAAGAAGGAGAUCGAGAAGAUGACCGACGAAGAGAAGGUGAAACUUGUGCGAAAGUUCAAGGAAGCUUCGUGGAGGGUCGUUUAUUACGUGAGCGCGGAGAUUUUCUUCUUCUCGAUCACUUGCAAUGAGCCUUGGUUUGGAAACACCUCCGCUUUUUGGGAGGGUUGGCCCUUGCAGGAUGUCAAGCUCAAGCUGAAAGCCUUUUAUAUGUACGCUGGGGGAUAUUGUGUCUACAGUUGCUUUGCCCUUUUCCUAUGGGACGCGAAGAGAUCGGACUUCUUCGUCACGGUAUGUCAUCACACGACGACGAUCCUGUUGGUUCUUUUUUCGUACGUCAACAGUUUUGCUAGAGUGGGAUCGGUCGUGCUUGCGGUGCACGACGCCAACGACAUUUUUUUGGAAACUGCCAAAAUGUUCGUCUAUACCAAAGUGGAAAUCGGAUCGACCAUCUUCUUUUCCCUUUUUGUCAUAUCCUGGUUACUAUUGAGAUUGAUUUACUUUCCAUUUUGGGUAAUUUAUAGCACUAGUUUCGAAGUGCUGCAAGUGCUGGACGUCGUGGCGUUCCCGCAUGCUCCGUACUUGUACUACUUCUUCAACUCCCUCCUCAUCACUCUCCUGGUCCUUAACCUGUACUGGUGGCUGCUUAUUUCAAGGAUGGUCAUCCGUAUGGUUAAGAAUAAAGGAGAUGUGGGUGAAGAUGUAAGAUCGGAUUCGGAGGAAGAUUGAUUGGUUGCGGUAAGUGCAUUAAGUAGUAGAUAAGGACUAGGUAAGGAGUAGAUAAGGAGGCGAUUAAGUAGUAGACAGGAGGAGGGGACAGGAGACAAUUCGCGCGGCCAACGCAAGGCAUCCGGAGGUGUCCAGAGUUAGGAAAUC